UGGAUGCAGACCAGAUUGAGUUGAUAAAUAAUGAAUAAAAUUGAUUUGCAAGUUCAAACAUUAACCGGGCAUGUAUUCAAUCUUAAGGCAUUAGAAAAUGAUACAAUUCUUACUUUAAAAACGAAAAUACUAUUUAAAAAAAAUGUGCCUAUAUCCCAACAACAUCUAAUAUGGAAAUCAAAUGAAUUGACAAAUAGUUACACACUUAACGAAUGUGGAAUUCAAGAUGGUGCAAUUUUGCAGUUAGUAUUGCAUCUCAAGGGAGGACCAAUGUUAAUGCGAAAAUUGUCUUUAUAUAAGGAUGCGGCUAAUUUAAUUAAAAGAGCAAAUAUAUUAGAGGCUUUAAUUGAACAGCAACAUUGGGAUGAUGGUGAACUUUCCAGUGAAAAAAAUUUAAAAUCAAAUAAAUUAAAUUCAUAUAACAAGAAUCCUGAUCAAAAUCCAGAAUAUAGGAAAAAAAUAUAUAAAGAUAAUACUGACUCAUUAUCAGUUAAUCAAUUAACAUUUGAAGAAUCGCCAAAAUCUUGUACAAGUGAUAACUCACCUAAAUCUCCCUCAAAAUCUCUUUCAUUAAAAAAUUUGCCUAACUUUCUUAUGGCAGAAAAUGACUUAAGCAUUGAUAAUAUACCUCUUCAUGAUAUACCAAUUUAUAAAAAUAAGAAUCAAAGUGUUAUCAAAAACAACAAUUAUGCUACAAAAAUUAAGAAUGAUAAAAGUGACCUAAAAUUGUGUUCAGUGUCGAUACCUACCCAUAACUGGAUAUGCAAAACUAGAAUAUCAAGACCCUUGUUAUCUCCCUCAGAGGAUAUGGAAUACGAUGAAUGGGAUGAUGAAGAAGUUAAAUCUAGUAGCGAAUAUUUAAAUCUCAAUGAAAGACCAGCAAAAAUAACUUACUAUAAUCAUAAUAUUACAAAUAAUCCAUAUAAAUUAUCCAAUCGUACAUGUUCAUUUCAAUCUAAUAAUUCUAUAAACACAAGUGCAAAUUAUAAUUCAAAUAUCCUUAGUAGUUGCAAUACAACCUUCAAUAAUUUAAAUAGUCUAAUAGGCACAACUUUAGUGGGAAAAAGAGCAAGGGAAAAUUGGAUUACCAUGACAAAAAUGAAAGCCUUGAGACAACAAAUGGAGAAUUUGAAAUUGAAUAGAAAGCCCAAGCGAAAAUAUAAUUUUUCACACCCAUGGGUUAACAAAUAUUUCAACAAUGUAUCCAAUCCUUCCUCUUCUUCGCCUGUUAAUAAUGGUUUCAACAAUUCUCCCAAUAAUUUUCAAAAAUCUCACACUAUCACCAAUCCUUCUUAUUCUCAUUUCAUCAAUGACGAUUUUAUUUACACUUCUAAGAACUCGAAAGAUUCCAAGGAAUCUAACUCUAGCCCACUUGGUCAGCAAUCAUCAUCUUUCAGACUUAGCCCAGACUGCAUCACUGAAUCCCAGCUCAAAGACUAUUCCUCCUGGAUUCAAAGGUUUGAUAGCACCACAACAGAUCAAGAUGAAUGGGAUGAGUAUAAUACUAACAGCUCAUCAUCAUGCAAAGAAGAAGAGAAUACUAAUCCAUUAAGGAUCGCAAAAUUGGAUAAAUCUCGUAGUUCACCAAUCGAUAAUGAUGUCGCAACGACCUUUGCCAAACAUUUAGUGGAUCGUAUUAUGAUCGGUCAAGAUAUUCUAACACCUAAUACAAUUGAUAAUAACUCGAAUAACGUCAUAACAUCGUCACAAUUACCCGGUCCAUUAUCGAACGAAGUAACUGCUCCAUCCGAUCCAUCACAUAAUGACGUUACAUCACGUGAUAUCACAAGCGACGAAUGUGAAUCAUCUGCUUCCCCGCGAGGGAGUGCCAGCGAGGAAGAAGAAACGGGGCCUGGUGCGCGUACACAACAAAGACGUUCACCGAGAAAUCACUCAACAUUUACUCAUCAAACUUACAACAAAGGAUAUGACAAGAAAUCUAGACCAUUGCACCGAUCCAAUUUCAACUCUAACAAUUAUUCUAGAAUGUCGUCACUCGCCAAACCCCAGAACGAUAUGCCACUCCAUCAGACAUUCCAAAAUCAGAAUAGUCAUUUAAAUUUACUGCACGAUGAAGCUAUCAGCGCGAAUGACAGUUUUGAAGAAUCGACCACCAUACUAGACAAUAUAAAUAAUUCGGCAUGCAUUAGAAAUCGCUAUAUAAGAGAAAGAAAUGAUAAAACGAUCGAAAAUAGUAUUGUCAAGUUUGAAAAUGUAUCUAAUAAUUCGGUAAACAACAACCGGUGUUUCACUUGUCGCAAAAAAACAGGGAUAAUUUCUUCUUUUAAUUGCAGAUGUGGAAACGAAUUUUGUGUACUUCAUAGACACCCAGAAAGUCACGAUUGCACGUUUGAUUACAAAGUCGAGGGAAGAAAACUGAUGGAACUUGCUAACCCAAAAAAUUGCCCUACUACCAUACAAAAAUUGCACAAUUUAUGACAGAUAUAGAUUUUUUUUUUAAAGUUAUCAUUUCGAUUUUAUUUCAAUAAGCGUCGAGUAUUUGUAUCACCUUAUUUUCUUAGAAAAAUGUCAAUUUUUAAUAUAUCUUUGAAUCCGUCUAUUUCAUAGCAGAAUUUUAAAAAAAUAAUAAUGAUAAAUUGAGCAUCCCUUUGAAAUACUUAAGGGAGAUAUCAACCUUUUUUUGUAUAAAUUUUUUUUUGGAAAAAUUUAUUAAAAUGAGGGAUCGUAAAAUUUUAAUAUAUUUUAAUAAAUUUUAAAGAGAAAUAUCAAAAAUAAAUAAAAUGGAAUUCCUUUUUUUUCUUCUUAUGUAUAAUUUAAUAUAUAAAAAAUUGAUCAAAUAGGGUUCGAAAUAAAUUUUGUUAUGGUCACCCAUCGCGAUUGAAAGUCUGCACUAUACCCACUUUAUCACCUUAUUAUUAUUAUCAUCAUUUGCGUCUUUAUCAUUAUCACCCUAUUAUUAUUCGCGUAAUAUAAAUAUCUCAAAAUUUAUAGUUUUAAAAUAUUUUGUGUAAUUAUUUUGAUGGUAUGCAUGUUUGAUCAUAUUUUAUAAUAAUUAAUAUGUCAUCAUCUAGACUAAAUUUCCCUUUCAACUAUUCAUGUCAAAAAAAAAAUUAAUGAA